UUUUUCUCUGUUCCCUUCAGAAACCACUCACAGGAACAUGGCAGCAGAAAAUCUUUCCACAGUGGCUACGUUUAUCCUCACUGGGCUAACACAACAGCCAGAACUCCAGCUGCCCCUUUUCUUUCUCUUCCUAGGAGUCUAUGUGGUCACAGUGGUGGGGAACUUGGCCAUGAUCACACUGAUAGGGCUCAGUGCUCACCUACACACCCCCAUGUACUACUUCCUCAGUAAUUUGUCCUUCAUUGAUCUCUGCCAUUCCACUGUCAUUACCCCCAGAAUGCUAGUGAACUUUGUGACAGAGAUGAACACCAUCUCCUACUCUGAAUGCAUAACUCAGCUCUAUUUCUUCCUUGUUUUUGCUAUCUCAGAGUGUUACAUGUUAGCUGCAAUGGCAUACGACCGCUUUGUUGCCAUCUGUAGCCCCCUGCUUUAUAAUAUUAACAUGUCCCAUCAGGCUUGUUUCUCCCUGAUUUGGGGAGUGUAUAUUAUAGCCCUGGUUUGUGCAUUUGUUCAUACAGGCUUCUUGUUUAAGAUUCACUUCUGCAAAUUUGCUGUGAUCAACCAUUAUUUCUGUGAUCUUCUUUCCCUCUUAAAGCUCUCCUGUUCUAGCACCCACAUCAAUGAAUUACUGAUUCUAGUCUUUAGUGCAAUUAAUAUCCUCGCCCCCAGUCUCAUGAUUCUUAGCUCCUACAUCUUCAUCAUUGCCAGCAUCCUCCGCAUCCGCUCCACCGAGGGCAGGUGCAAAGCCUUCAGGACCUGCAGCUCCCACAUCUCCGCUGUUGCCGUUUUCUUUGGAUCCGCUGCGUUCAUGUACCUGCAGCCAUCAUCCGUGAGCUCCCUGGACCAAGGGAAAGUGUCUUCUGUGUUUUAUACUAUUGUUGUGCCUAUGUUGAAUCCCAUGAUCUACAGCCUGAGGAAUAAAGAUGUCAAUGUCGCACUGAAGAAAAUGCUAGAGAGAAGAAUAUUCUUGUGA